AUGGGGUCGGAAGUACCCAUCAGACCGUCGCAAACUGGAGGAGGUCGUGGCAGCAACACUCCAAAUACACGCCAAAUUCAAGAUGCUUUCGUAAUCCCAGCAGAUAUUCCGGUCAUUCUUCGGCCCCUUGCGCCUGAAGUCAAUACGCUUUUGCGGAAAUAUGGUUGUGAGCAGGAUUGCUUAUCCAGCAGCAACCAUGACGAUCAACUCGCAGUUCGUUUGGCUCUCUCGCGCGCUUUGCAAAAUGGAAAGGUGCUUUGGGGCCAUUUUUCACGGGCUGUCAUACAACUUGAUGAACGGAUUGUUGUCAAGCUUGGGCAUAAUUUGCUUCUAACCGACGCCGAUAUUACAGCCUAUAUUCAGAGUCUCUCGAAGGAUAUUCCAGUUCCUCGGCCCCUAGGAGCAAUUUCUAUCGGCAAGACAACCUACAUGUUCAUGACUUUUAUUGAAGGCUCAUCUUUGGAUAAGCUCUGGUCCAGCCUCUCUACGGAAGAAAAAAUUUCUAUCCGAGAUCAGUUAGAUGUUAUCCUAGAGAAACUUAGGAUGCUCCCUCUAUCUUCUCAUUGCCUUGGUAGUGGUAAUCCACCUUACUGCAUUGACUGCAGAAUGUGGAAGCGGGUAAGUCCACAACAGAUUGAGAACGAAGCUCAGUUCAACGAAUUCCUCAUCUCAGGUAACCACCCACCUACAAUGAGAGCCUAUGUUGAGUUUGUGCACUCUAUGCUACGCAAUGAUCACCGAAUUGUCAUGACACAUGGUGACUUGCAUCCACGGAAUAUAAUAGUUAGCAAGGAGCGAGAUCAAUCCGUUCGAGUGACCGGGCUUGUUGACUGGGAGCUAGGCGGAGCUUACCCGGAGUAUUGGGAGUUUCUAAAGUCUCUUAAUACAAUGCUACCAAGUACGCAGGGGCGAUUGGGUCUUCUUUCUUCCACAUAA